AUGUCUCUCCCCAAGGGAAUCUCAUCCGUGCUGAAGAAGGCCCCCUCCGAUGUGGUCAUUCUGUCAUCCCUGCGAACGCCCGUCUGCCGUUCGAACCGUGGACAGCUGAAAGACGCAUUCCCCGAAGAGCUGCUCUCGACAGUUCUCAAGGCCACUGUCGAGGCCAACCCGAACCUCGAUCCCGCCAAGAUCGAAGAUGUCGCAGUCGGCGUCGUCCUCUCGGAGCUCGGCGGUUCCAAGGCCGCCCGCAUGGCCAUGAACCACGUCGGCUACCCCAACACGACCUCCCUGUACACCGUCAACCGUGCCUGCUCGUCGUCGCUGCAGUCAAUCGCCCUCGUCGCGUCACAGAUCCGGUCCGAGACGAUAUCCGUGGGCAUCGGCGCUGGAAUGGAGAGCAUGACCCGCAAUUACGGCAGCCGCGCGAUCCCCGUCGACGUGUGGCCUGCGCUGAAGGAUUCGCCGGUCAAGGAUGCGAGGGACUGCAUCAUGCCCAUGGGAAUCACUUCCGAGAACGUCGCCGAGAGAUACGGCGUCUCCCGCGCCGACCAGGAUGCGUUUGCCGUCCGCAGUCACAAGAAUGCUGCGCGCGCAAGGGAGGAUGGGUCGUUUGCCCAGGAGAUUGUGCCGGUUACAACGAGAUACCAGGAGGUGGACAAGCAGGGCAACAAGGUCGGAGAGGAGCAGACCAUCACCGUCACUCAGGACGACGGUAUCCGCGCAAGCGUCAGCAUUGAGGCGCUGGCGAAGCUGAAGCCGGCUUUCAAGGCGGACGGAGCCAGCACGGCAGGCAACUCAUCACAAGUUUCAGACGGUGCCGCGGCGACUCUGUUGAUGCGACGAAGCACCGCCACGGAGCUCGGCCUUACCGAUAGCAUCAUCGGCAAGUUCGUCUCAGCGACCACCGUCGGUUGCGCUCCGGACGAGAUGGGUAUCGGUCCGGCUCUGGCCAUUCCCAAGCUGUUGAACCAGCUCGGCUUGGAGAACAAGGACGUCAGCCGUUGGGAGAUUAACGAGGCUUUCGCCAGUCAGGCGAUCUACUGCCUGAGGGCGCUGGGCCUGGAGCAAGCUUAUGAGGAUGGAAAGGUGAACCCCGAUGGUGGCGCAAUCGCUCUGGGCCACCCUCUGGGUGCGACUGGUGCGCGCAUGACGAGUACUUUGCUGCAUGGUCUUGGAAGAUCCGGCGGAGAGGUUGGUGUUGUGAGUAUGUGUGUCGGAACCGGCAUGGGUAUGGCCGGCCUGUUUGUUAGAGAGUAA